GGGAGGAGUGGGAGGAGUGAGGAGGAGUGAGAGGAGUGGGAGGAGGAAGAGGGUUUUGUUAAGGGCUUACCAACUCGCAACGGUGGUGCAAGCAACUACUCUGCCCUAGAUAGCUCAAUGGGUAGCUUCCCGCUCUGGAAUACGAGGAUGAAGCUUCUGUGGGGGCCUUACCAUCUCCUAUUACGCCUGGCACAAGCAGCGGGUAGACUUACAGGGGGGAGAGGAGGAAGAGCAGGUUGGGGAUGAGGGGUGGUGGAGGACUUACCAUCUCCUACUAAGCCUGGCACUAGAAACAUCCUCGUUACUAGCUUCGUCUCGAGCGUCUUCCAAACGCAGGCAGGCAUACAAGCAGCAGGUGGACUUACAAGAGGGAGAGGAGAGGAGGAAGAGCAGGAUGGGGGGGAGGGGGUGUGAAGGACUUGCUUUUGAGUCAACUCAAGCAGGAUGGGGGCGAGGGGUUGCAUCGCCACCAGCACUGACAGCACCAGCGGCGGCAGCAGCAGCAGCCGCCACACCACGAACACUGGCAGCACCUGUAGCAGGACCAUCAGUACCUGUAGCAGGACCAUCAGCACCUGUUGCAGGACCAUCAGCACCUGUAGCAGGACCAUCAGCACCAGGGGUUGCAGGAGCAGCAGCACCACCACAAGCAAUUGCAGCAACAGCAGCAGCCGUACCACGACUGAAGCGACGCAGGCCUUAUAAGGCACCUGCAGCAGCAGCAGCAGCAGCAGCACCACCACCACCACCAUCGGCCAUCGCAGCACCAUCAGCAUCCAUACGACGACUGAAGCUACGCAAACCUUAUAAGGCACCUGCAGCAGCAGCAGCAGCAGCAAUAGCAACAGCAGCAGCAGCAACAGCAGCAACAGCAGCAGCAGCAACAGCAGCAGCAGCAGCAACAGCACCAGCAGCAGCAACAGCAGCAGCAGCAGCACCAGGAGGAGCAGGGGCAGCAACAGCAGUUUUACCAUCACGUGUAGACCAGUGUUAGCAGCGUCAGCAGCAACAGCAGCAUCAGCGCGACCAGCAGCAGUACCACCAGCACCAUCAGCAACAGUAGCUGUGUCACCAUCAGCACUAGCAGCACCAGUAGCAUCAGCAACAAGACCAGCAACAGCAGUACCAGCAGCAUCAGCCACAGCACGACCAGCAGCAAUAGCAGUACCACUAGCGGCAACCGCAAGAGCACCACCGCCAGCAGUACCACCAGCAGCAUCAGCAACAGUAGCUGCGUCACCAUCAGCAUUACCAGCAACAGCAACAGCAACAAGCCCACCAACAGCAGUACCAGCAGCAUCAGUAACAGUGGCUGUGUCACUGUCAGCACUACCAGCACGAGCAACAGGACGAUCAGGAGCAGCAGCACCAGUGUUUGAAGCGUCAGCAGCAGUAUCUGUAUCAGCAUCAGCACUACCGGCACCAGCAACAGAACGAUCAGCAGCACCAGCACCAUCUGCACCAGCACGACCAGCACCUGCAGCAGCAAUACGAUCAGCAGCAGCACGCUCAACAGCAUUGCUGCCCACAACAGUACAACCAGUAGGUGCAUCAGCUCUUGCUACAGCAGCAGCACGACCAGCAGCAGCACCAGUGUUAACAGCAUCAGCAGCAGUGUUAACAGCAUCAGCAGCAUUACCACGCAAACAAUCACGACCAGCAGCUGCAUCAGCACGAGGACUGUCAGCAGCAGCAGCACGACCAGCAGCAACAGCAACAUCACCAGCACAAGCACCUGCACGACCAGCAGCAUCAGCACGGCCAAAGGGAACCAAACGCUUCAAAGCACCUUCAGUAGCAACAGCAGCAAUAGCAGCAACACGAGCAACAGGCGCAACAGGAGCAACAGGAGCAACAGCAGCAACAGCAACAUGAGCAGCAAGAGCACCAACAGGAGAAACGCUGGGGGACCAAAAGGGGACACACUUUCUUACGGUGUAGGAAUGAAUGCAGGGGAGAGUAUGUGGUGAAAGCUGGGGGGAGGGAAUGUUUGUUUUAGGCGCCUCAACAGUGAGGAAUGGUGGAAGCUGCACGAAUGCAGAUCGUCCAGGGAGAGAUAGGAGACAAUCUGACCCAGUGAGGUGAAAAUGGGUUUUGAGAAUUCUAUAAACGCAAGGGAACCAGUGAGCUCAGCUCUGGUGGAAGCUGAAUAAAUGCAAGGGAAGUUUGGACCAGGGCCCAAAAUUGGUUUUAGAGCACACUUUGGAAUCAGGGUUUGCCUGGCAAAACACCCUGAUGUAAGGGGUGACUUCUUUUUCGAGUCUGAUUCUGCAGCCUAAAACAUUUCGCACCCUGUCUGUUCAGGGUAU